AUGUGUCCAGGACCUUCACUAGAUCUACCAGGCGGUGUGAAGGGUGGCCUUAAUUUCCUGGAACUGCUCCUGUUGUUGGCGGGUAGUGAAGAUAAUUUUUGUGGCUCCGAGGUGCUUUGGGUACUCGCCUUACGUUUCUGGAAGAAGUCGCUGCUAGCGCGCGUUAAGGUGAUUGAAAAAGACGGGCGAAAACUUCCUGCGACAUUGAGAGGGGAGACGCCUCUGUAGUUACUACGGAGUUAUCGGUCACCCUUAGGUUUAUGUAUAUGCACGGUUGUGGCAUCUUCGAAGUUGUGGGGGUGUCCUUGUUGUCAAAGCUAUUUGAGAAACGAAGUAAGCUUCUCCUUGAGUCGUGGGCUAUCGCACACUCAAACUUCAGCUGGAAUUGCGUCGGUUCUUGAUGUUUUUUCAUAUUGGACGGCUGUCCGACCCCUUUGCUUGUCCCAGUGAGGGAAAGCGGACUGAUGAAGUCGUCGUUGGUGUUCACUUGAAGAAGUCAGUUGAUAGCCUCUUUAUAUAUUGUCAACGGGACGUCGUGGAAGUGCGCGACCCAGCACCCUAAUAUGUGACUUCUGCGUUAGAAGUGUUACUCCAUCCUGGGUCAGCAGUGGUGCUGUAUCCCCGACUUUAGAAUCGCAGAUCGUAUUGAUGGUCGCAAAGAAAUUACUCAUCACAUCAUAGCCGGAAGGUACCUGAAUUUCAUCAUUUUUGCGAGUUAAAUGGUGGUUCUGCAUCGCCUCCAGACCCUGUUUUGCGAGGCUUUGUAUCGGAAGUAUGCGGCCGUGUUGCCGCUCCUUCUGUUCCUGGCAUUCUGUUUCUUGUGGAGGCAAUUACAGUUUCUUCUGUCUGAAAGUCUGUCUGCUUGAAGGCGUGCGCGACCGGGUUUCCAUGGCGGUGAUCUGGAUGGUAUCUCGCAACUCCUUCCACUGGGCCUUGAUAUUGUUAUGUGUCUCCAUGGCUUGAAUUUUUUUCAGUUUUGAAGUCAAACAAAUGCCAAAAUUCAAUUGGCUUCCGGCCGUAUUUAAUAGUAUAGUGUUUAGAUUGCGAAUAAAGGCGAAAGUUCGAGCUCCGGGAGUAUCUAUAAGUGAAGAAGAAGAAGAAGAGGAGGAGGAGGAGGAAGAAGAAGAAGGAGAAGAAGAAGAAGAGGAAGAAGAAGAAGGAGAAGAAGAGGAAGAAAAAGAAGAAGAAGAAGAAGAAGAAGAAGAAGAAGAAGAAGAAGAAGAAGAAGAAGGAGAAGAAGAAGAAGAAGAAGAAGAAGAAGAGGAAGAAGAAGAAGAAGAAGAAGAAGAAGAAGAAGAAGAAGAAGAAGAAGAAGAAGAAGAAGGGUGGUCAAGCACCGGAACAAUCUGUUUAA